AUGACAUUUCAUAUGGAUAACAAAUCAUCAUCAGUGCAAAACAUCAAAGAAGAACAACCUGUAAGUACAAACAAUGAUAAAAACAAAGAAAGUACAUAUGUUGAUGAAAAUAAAGAAAGUACAACACUUAUUUGGUUUGAUCCAAAUAUUGGAUCACGUGAAGAUACGGAACAAACAAAACAACAACUUCGUCUUAUCAAUGAUUAUGUCACUUUUCAUACUGAUCUUGAACAAUGCAUUACAUUUAUUCAAUCAAUUCAUAAAGAAAAAAUCUUUUUAAUUACAUCAGGAUCAAAAGCAUCACAAAUUUUACCUCGAAUUUCUUCGUUUCGUCAAAUUGAUUCAGUUUUUAUCUAUUGUAUGAAAAAAAAUCGAUAUGAAUAUUUGUUAGAUGAAUAUUUAAAUAUUAUUGGAAUUUAUGUUAAUCUUGAUGAUUUAUGUCAAUCAAUUAAAGAACAAAUUGAUCUUGUUAAUAAACAAAUACAAACAUUUUCUUUUUUUGAUCAACAUGAAAAAUCAACAAAAGAUUUAUCCAAAGAAUCAGCAGAAUUUCUUUGGUUUCAGUUAUUUAGCUAUGUUAUUGCUCGUCUUCCACGAAAUCAACAAGCUAAACAACAAAUGACUCAAAUAUGUAAAGAAUAUUAUCGUGGAAAUACAAAAGAAAUGAAAUUAAUUCAGGACUUUGAACUAAAUUAUCGAUCAGAAGAUGCUAUUCGUUGGUAUUCAAAACAAUCAUUUGUUUACAGAUUAAUUAAUAAAGCUUUAAGAACAGAAGAUAUCGAUUUAUUGUAUACAUUUAGAUUUUUUAUUGGUGAUCUUUCUGAAAACCUUCAACGUCAACAUGAAAAGCUUCUAUCAUCAAAAGAAAAAAUUUUAAAUGUUUAUCGUGGUGCUAAACUUGACAAAGAAGAAUUCGAUAAACUAAAAGAAAAUCAAGGAAAACUUAUUUCAACAAAUGGAUAUUUAUCAACUAGUCGACUAAAAUCGGGCGCAUUAAGUUUUGCACUAAAGCCGACAAAACGAGUUGAUGUCGUUGCUGUUUUUUUUCAUAUACAAUGUGAUAUUACAAAAAUUGGUAAAAAUAUAAUUUUUGCUGAUAUUAAUCAGUUUAGUGAAUAUCCCGAUGAACAAGAAGUAUUAUUUGAUUUGAAUGCUUGUUUUGAGAUUGAAUCCAUUGAAGAAAAUGAAUCAUUACAAAUAGUUAAAAUGAAUGCAUCAAACGAAGGACGAAAAAUUACUAAGGAUUUUAUUGAAUUAGCCCAAAAAGAAACAGAGGAACUUAGUGUUUCAAUUGUUUUUGGAAGAUUAUUAUGUGAUUUAGGUGAAUAUGAUAAAUCACAAAAAUAUUUUCAACAAUUAUUGAAUGAUUCAAAUGAUGAAGAUCGAGCUUGGAUUGAAUUUAAUAUUGGCCGAGCUCUUGAUUUAAAAGGUGAAUGGAAUGAAGCUCGAGAAUAUUAUGAUCGUGCAUAUGAUCAAAUGAUGCAAAAUGAACCAGCACGAAUCAAAGAUUCCGCUCAUAUUCUUAACAAUAUUGGAAACAUUCUUCGUCGACAAGGAAAGUAUACUGAAGCUCUCGAUUAUCAUCAACGAGCAUUGGAAAUUCGAGAAAAAGUUCAUUCUUCUUGUCAUAUCGAUAUUGCUACAAAUCUCAACAACAUCGGUCUUAUUCUCGAUAACCAAGGAAAAUACAAUGAAGCUCUUGAUUAUUAUCAACGAGCAUUAAAAAUUCAAGAGAAAUGUUAUCCAUCUGGUCAUGUAGAUAUUGCUACAAGCCUCAACAACAUUGGAAUUAUUCUCGAUAAUCAAGGAAAGUACAAUGAGGCUCUCAAUUAUCAUGAACAAGCACUGAAAAUGAAUGAGAAAUUUUAUCCCUCUGGUCAUGUCGAUAUUGCUAAAAGCCUCAACAACAUUGGUCUUAUUCUUUAUCGACAAGGAAAGUAUGACGAAGCUCUUAAUUAUCAUCAACAAGCAUUGAAAAUGAGAGCGAAAUGUUAUCCAUGUGGUCAUGUCGAUAUUGCUACAAGCCUUAACAACAUCGGUGUCAUUCUACAUCAGCAAAGAAAAUAUGAUGAAGCACUUGAUUAUUAUCAACGAACACUGAAAAUUCGAGAUAUAUAUUAUCCAUCCGGUCAUGUCGAUAUUGCUGCAAGCUUCAACAACAUUGGUGUGAUUCUCGAUAACCAAGGAAAAUGCGAUGACUCUCUUGAUUAUCAUCAACGAGCUUUGAAAAUUCGAGAGAAAUUCCAUCCAUGUGGUCAUGUGGAUAUUGCUCAAAGCCUCAACAACAUCGGUCUUAUUCUGCAUCGACAAGGAAAGUACGAAGAAGCUCUUGAUUAUUAUCAACGAUCAUUGAAAAUUCAAGAGAAAUUUUAUCCAUCUGGUCAUGUUGAUAUUGCUAAAAGCCUCAAUAAUAUUGGCCGUAUUCUCCAGCGACAAGGAAAGUGCGAUGACGCUCUUGAUUAUCAUCAACGAGCAUUGAAAUUGAGAGAAAAAUUUUAUCCAUCUGGUCAUGUAGAUAUUGCUACAAGCCUCAACAACAUUGGUGUUAUUCUCAUUAAUAAAAGAAAGUAUGAUGAAGCUCUCGAUUACCAUCAACGAGCAUUGAAAAUGAGAGAGAAGUUUUAUCCGUCUGAUCAUGUCAACAUUGCUGACAGUUUGAAUAAUAUAGGUGUUUGUUAUGAAAAUCAGAACAAGCGAAAGAUGGCACUUGACUAUAUUCAACAGGCAUUGACUAUUUAUGAGAAAUGUCUUCCUACUGGCCAUCCAAGUCGACAGAGAACCGAGAAGAAUAUUCGUCGACUAAGCGGGGAAACGCUAAAGUGA